AUGCAGAUGGAUAAUAGCGGCGUGUCGCUACGGUGCGAGGAGACGGAAGAUGACCACCGGGCAACAGGGGGUCAGCUGAGGGCCGCCUGGGACCCAUCGGUGUCGGGGAGGCGCGUCAUCCAGAGGCUGCUGGGCGUGGAAAAACGAUAUAUGCCCUCACCGCUGUACGUCAGCCUCAUACAGCGGGAACCCCAAAGACGUGAGGAGCUGGUCAAGUGGAUGCUGGAGGUGUGCUGCAAUUGCGGUUGCGACGAGGCCGUGUUCCCACUGUCGGUCUCUCUGAUGGACCGCUUCCUAUCGGUCACGUUAUCAGCGCCAACGUUGCCGCGCUGCCUGGCGGCCUCUUGCAUCCUUGUGGCUUCCAAGCUGAGCGAGUGUGACAGCAUCACCUCAGACGCCCUCUGCACCGCUGCCGAGUAUGAUUUCCUACCUGUCAACCUGCGGGAAAUGGAGCGCAUAGUCCUGGCUACCCUGCGCUGGGACACGGCGGGCGUGACACCUCAGGACUUCCUGCCGCACUUCCUAUCCUUGCUGGAUGAGUGGCACAGGGGCGAUGGCUCCACCCUGAGGAGGCACAGCGACACGUUGGUGGCUAUGUGUUCGUGCGACUGGCGUUUCCUAGGGGCAACGCCCUCCCUGAUAGCCGCCGCCUCACUCAACUGUGCCCUACGAGGCCUGGGUGACAGGCCGUAUGCAGUCUGCUCCAUGCUAGCUGAGCUGUGUCGGGCCGAACCGGUGGUGCUGGAGCACUAUAGCGAGAUGAUUGAACACGCCCUUCGGCAGCGCCUUGGCAGUGGCCCGGCAGCCAAAGGCGACGAGAUGGAAGACGAGAGAGCCGGCACACCCACCGAUAUGCGAGAGAUCGAUUUCUAA